GAAAACCAACUCGAGAAUGCUGAGGAGCAGCUGCGCAAUGCUGCUGCGGAAGUAGGAUGUUUGCGAAAGCAGAAGCGUUUAUGGUUUGAGAGGAUGAUGAAAGCUAUUCGUCGAGGCCUUUUCAGUGUGAAGAAGUUGGAAUGUGAGGAGGCUGAGAAGAAGCGAGCUUGCGUUGCUGCUGAAGUGCAAGCUGUAGUGGCAGAGGAAUCUGUUAUUAUAGCUAGGGAUUCUUCCUUUGAAGGUUUCAAUUGGAACUCUGUAGAUUUGAGAGGUUCUAUGAUAGAUUGA